AUGGACAGCGAGGUGCAGCGGGACGGCAGGAUCCUCGACCUGAUCGACGACGCCUGGAGAGAAGACAAACUGCCCUACGAGGACGUGGCCAUCCCCCUGAACGAGCUCCCUGAGCCAGAGCAAGACAACGGUGGCACAACUGAGUCUGUGAAGGAGCAAGAAAUGAAGUGGACAGACCUGGCUCUGCAGUAUCUCCAUGAAAACGUUCCACCCACGGGCAACUAGAGAGGCUUCAGCCCUGCCCAGCUGAGCACCGUGGGCACAGGCUCCUCGGGAGGAAAUGGCAUUGCUGAGGCAGGCUCUGCUGCUCUGCAGUGGUGCUGCCCACAGUGACCAGGCACAGUUGGGCAUGAGACAGCCACAGCAGCUGGUGGUCAGAAUGUCCCCUCACAGCCACUCACCUCAGCUCUUCAGCUGCUGAUCUGCAGCUGGUGCCAGUCUGACCUGCAGUGUUUUCUACACCUGAUAAAUGAAGUCUUGUUACUGUC